AACUGAUCAAAAAGCGCUUGGAUUGACCGGUCAUACAAAACAUUUUAUUAGGUAGUUUUGUUAUUUAAAAGGAUAAAUUAGAAUUUAAAGAUUAGUAUUUCUUAGUUUAAAAUGGAUGAACUCGAGAAACUCGAACAUCUUUCACUCGUCUCUAAAAUUUGUAUGGAACUUGAGAAUCAUUUAGGAUUAAAUGAUAAAGAUUUAGCUGAGUUUAUUAUUCAUUUGGCUGAAGAAAAUCCAAAACUCGAGGAUUUCAAGAAAGAACUCAUCAAAAAUGGAGCGGAAUUUAAUGACUCCUUUAUAACAAACUUACUUCGAAUUAUUGUUCUGAUGAAACCUUCAAUAGGAAAGAAAUCAGGAAAUUUACCGAUUCUUGACAUUGCUCCUGAAAAAGAUUCACUUUCAAAGAAAUUUCCUGGUCUUGCCAUUCCAAAUAAAUUUAAAGAUUCUGAUGAGGAAAAAGAAGAUAAAAAAGUAAAGUCAAAGGACGAUGCUGUGGUCGUUGAUGAUAUGAUGGCAGAGUUGGAAGCACUUGCACCUGCUGGUAAGACAUCUAAAAAAGAAGAAGAAAAAGUGAAAAUAAAAAAACGAAGCAGAUCUCGAGAUCGUAAAAAGAGAUCAAGAAGCCGUUCCAGAGACCGAAAACGAUCAGUGUCAAGAAGCAGAUCAAGAGAUCGUAAAGAAAAGAAGAAAAGAUCUCGAUCAAGAGAUAGAAAACGAAGAUCUCGAUCCAAUGAAAGACGUAGAAGAAGCAGAUCGCGUGAUAGAAGACGCCGUUCAAGAUCUUUUUCACCAAGAGAUCGGAAGCGACGAGAUCGCAGUCGUUCUCGUGAAGAGAAGAAAAAGAAAAUUGAACUUAAAGAUGAUCCGGAACCUGGAAAAAUCUACGAUGGGAAAGUUGCAAAUAUUGUCAGUUUUGGAUGUUUCGUUCAGAUAUUUGGAUUGAGAAAGAAGUGGGAAGGCUUAGUGCACAUCUCUCAACUUCGUUCAGAAGGUCGUGUUGCUGAUGUCAACGAUGUGGUGAGUCGUGGCAAUAACGUUAAAGUCAAAGUCAUGUCAAUCACCGGCUCGAAAGUUUCACUCUCAAUGAAAGAAGCUGAUCAACUUACAGGAAACGAUCUCAAUCCACUUUCACAUCGACCGCCUGAUGAAGAUAUGAGCGCAAGAAAUCCUGAUCGACCCGUUGGAGCAAUGUCAAUGUUGUCGUUGCCAGUUGGCAAUGCUGAUGAUGAGGAUGAUACAGCAAGGAAGCGUGUAACUAGAAUUUCCAGUCCUGAGCGAUGGGAAAUUAAGCAAAUGAUAUCAUCGGGAGUCAUUGAUCGAAGUGAAAUGCCAGACUUUGAUGAAGAAACCGGUUUGCUGCCAAAAGACGAAGAUGGUGAAGCUGACAUUGAGAUUGAAAUUGUUGAAGAAGAACCGCCAUUUCUGCAAGGUCAUGGGCGAGCACUUCAUGAUUUAUCUCCAGUCAGAAUUAUUAAAAAUCCCGAUGGUUCUCUUGCUCAAGCUGCUAUGAUGCAAUCAGCACUUGCAAAGGAAAGACGUGAACAGAAAAUGCUUCAACGUGAACAAGAAAUGGACUCAAAACCAGCGAAUCAAGGAAAGAAUUGGAGUGAUCCAUUGCCAGAAGAUGAAGAGAAGAAUUAUGGAGAAACAUCCAGAGGAAUGGGAAUGCCGCCACCACAAGACAUUCCUGAAUGGAAGAAACAUGUGAUUGGUGGUAAGAAAACUUCUUAUGGAAAGAAAACCGAUAUGACAAUUGUUGAACAACGACAAUCACUGCCCAUUUAUAAACUUCGCGAUGAUCUCAUCAAAGCCGUGUCUGACAAUCAAAUUCUCAUCGUCAUUGGUGAAACUGGAUCGGGAAAAACGACACAAAUCACUCAAUAUCUUGCUGAAGCUGGUUUUGUGAGUCGUGGAAGAGUUGGAUGUACUCAACCUCGUCGUGUUGCUGCAAUGAGUGUUGCAAAAAGAGUUGCUGAAGAGUUUGGUUGUCGUUUGGGUCAAGAAGUUGGUUAUACAAUUCGUUUUGAGGAUUGCACAAGCCCUGAAACUGUCAUCAAAUACAUGACAGAUGGAAUGAUGUUGAGAGAAUGUUUAGUUGACUUAGAUUUGAAAGGAUAUUCAGUGAUUAUGUUGGACGAAGCUCAUGAAAGAACAAUUCACACUGACGUUUUAUUUGGAUUGUUGAAGCAAGCUGUAAAGCGACGACCAGAAUUGAAACUCAUUGUGACAUCAGCAACACUUGACGCAGUGAAAUUUUCACAAUAUUUUUUUGAAGCGCCAAUUUUUACAAUUCCUGGACGAACAUUUCCUGUUGAAAUUCUCUACACAAAAGAACCUGAAACUGAUUAUCUCGACGCGUCACUCAUCACAGUCAUGCAAAUUCAUUUACGUGAACCACCUGGCGAUGUUCUUCUCUUUUUAACUGGUCAAGAAGAGAUUGACACAGCAUGUGAGAUUCUUUACGAAAGAAUGAAGUCCUUGGGUCCAGAUGUUCCUGAACUUAUUAUUCUUCCUGUUUACUCGGCUUUACCUUCUGAAAUGCAAACGAGAAUCUUUGAACCAGCUCCACCAGGAAGUCGAAAAGUUGUCAUCGCCACAAAUAUUGCAGAAACUUCAUUGACAAUCGAUGGAAUAUAUUAUGUCGUUGAUCCAGGAUUUGUGAAGCAAAAAGUUUACAAUUCAAAGACUGGAAUGGAUUCACUUGUUGUCACUCCAAUUUCACAAGCUGCUGCUAAACAAAGAGCUGGCAGAGCUGGUCGAACGGGACCGGGAAAAACUUAUCGUCUUUACACAGAACGCGCUUAUCGCGAUGAAAUGCUUCCAACGCCAGUUCCUGAAAUUCAACGUACAAAUCUUGCAACGACCGUUCUUCAGUUAAAGACAAUGGGAAUCAAUGAUUUACUGCAUUUUGAUUUCAUGGAUGCUCCACCAGUGGAAUCACUUGUGAUGGCUUUAGAACAACUUCAUUCGUUAUCAGCACUUGACAAUGAAGGUUUACUUACAAGAUUAGGUCGACGAAUGGCGGAAUUUCCACUCGAACCGAAUUUAUCGAAAAUGUUGAUCAUGUCAGUAGCAUUGCAAUGCUCUGACGAGAUUCUUACAAUUGUCUCAAUGUUGAGUGUUCAAAAUGUUUUUUACCGGCCAAAGGAUAAACAAGCGUUAGCUGAUCAAAAGAAAGCAAAAUUCAAUCAGAUUGAAGGCGAUCAUUUGACACUUUUAGCAGUUUUUAAUAGUUGGAAGAACAAUAAAUUUUCCAAUGCGUGGUGUUAUGAAAAUUUCGUACAAGUUCGAACAUUGAAACGAGCGCAAGAUGUUCGGAAGCAAUUGCUUGGUAUUAUGGAUCGUCAUAAGUUGGAUGUUGUUUCGGCUGGGAAGAAUUCAGUGAGAGUGCAGAAGACAGUUUGUUCUGGUUUCUUCAGAAAUGCUGCUAAAAAAGAUCCUCAGGAAGGUUAUAGGACUUUGGUGGACUCUCAAGUUGUGUACAUUCAUCCAUCAAGUGCUCUUUUCCAUAGACAACCGGAAUGGGUUGUUUAUCAUGAACUGGUGCAGACUACGAAAGAAUAUAUGAGAGAAGUUACAACAAUUGAUCCUAAAUGGUUGGUAGAAUUUGCUCCAUCAUUCUUCAGAUUUUCUGAUCCAACAAAACUCAGCAAAUUUAAGAAGAAUCAACGACUUGAGCCGCUUUACAAUAAAUAUGAAGAAGCAAAUUCGUGGAGAAUUUCAAGAGUUCGAAAGCGUCGAAAUUAA